AUGGUUCAGUCGCCUCCUCUUCCUUUUCUUUGACUCUUGAUUCGACUUAUUUCUCAAUAUCAAUUGCGCAUCCCUUCUCACUUGCCCUUGUUCACUCACCCCCAUUAUAGCUUUUUAGUGUCGAGUGCCCGAAAUUCGUCGUUCGUUUCUUUCGCGCUCCCUCAGCUUUCGAACUUGGUUAUCACGAACGCGCGCCAAACCUCAACCGUCGCCAUGACUGAGCCUGAGAACUUCGAGGAUGAUCUCUUCGCCGACCUCUACGAUGACAACGAUGCCGCAAAGCCCGCGUCUGCUCCCGCUGCAGCAGCCCCCCCUGCCCCAGACGUUCAGCCUCCUACUAACAUUCACAACAACGACAAUGAUGACCAUAACGGGAUGCAGCAACAUCAAGAAACUGGAGGUGAUGAACACAUGACUCAAGAUCAAGAUGACGACGACGACGAUGUCGACUUCAAUCUCGGUGGAGGAGGAGGAUACGGCGCAUCCGGUCACACAGGCCAGGCUGAUAUGCAUGACGAUGCUCCAACACCUCCAUACGGAACCGUACACAAGGCGAGUGCCAAAGAAGAUGGGUAAGUCUAUGUUGUUUCUGCAUUGUGAUUACAUUUCCUGAAUUCGCUCUUGCGAGAAUAUCACGGUUCGCCUUGCGUGUUUACAAUCCUGAAUCCUCAUGGCAACUGCCACGUUGCCACGUAGUAGUGGCCAUCGAUGUAGCAUUUGCAUACAUUUCGGAACUUGGCUUGGCUAGAGAUGGUCGUGGUCAAAUUAAGAAAAAGAGGUUUUGCUAUCGGAGACGUCAAACGGCAAAGAUUCAGAUUGGAGGAGUUGCCAUUCUCAUUCAAAGAGGAUGUAUGGAUCAAGAGAUAUAACCAGUUGAGGCGAGUCCGCUGCUAUUAUCUAUGGGCUAUGAGAGGAAGAGGAGGAUGUCACAAUCGGUACUGGGAUACGCCCUGUGGACGGACAUCCCAGGAUGAAUCAUUCGGCACUAGUCCAGACGAAAGACACUACUACUUGAGUCGUCCAUAGCCCUCAGUCGCAGAGAUCUUAUUGAACCGACGGGAGUGGUAAACACUCUCGAGUGCUAUAGCGAGAUUCGCAGCGAAUAGCGCUCGAGGCCAGUACCUAGCAUGAGACAGAGACAGAGAGAACAGUCAAGACGAUAGCACAAGACGAAAUUUUAUUCGACCAAGCUGAUCUGGCAUCUCUCAUUGCAAUGUCUGCGCCAUACUUUUCGACUGUCAUGGCCGUUUGGUCAACGUUUGUCAACCAUGGUCCUUGUUAUGUUGGCCUUGGUGUAUGCACACGCAGGGAUCUUACAGAAAUUGCCGCCAACAUCAAGCAAACCGAAGAAACGGGAACCUUCAGAUCAAUCGACCUCGCGCUGGGCUGUACCCUUCGCUGCAUGCACCCAUAUUGCCCUGUACGACCCAUUUUUUGCAAGGAUACAACUGCUUCAUCACAUUGCAAUCACCAAACCGCAGCCAUCUGUUUUUAUGCUGUAUCAGGCAUUCAAGUCUCAACUGUCGAUUCUUUUCUCUAAGCCAGGGUUAAGGUUUCAGCAAACCAUUGAUCAUUCGCAAACUCGCAGCCUCUAAGCAAGCCACUUCGCCAUCAACCUGGGUCCUAUUGUUCUAUCAAGCCUAGGAGACCCGUGUUUAACAGCCUUGAUAUUCAAAAUGCAUAAACAACUCUAAAAUGAAAGUAUACUGACAUGUUUGUGUAGUAAAAUGUUCAUAGGCGGUCUGAACUGGGAAACCACCGAUCAAUCAUUGCGGGAUUACUUCUCACAGUUUGGUGAAGUCGUUGAAUGCACGGUCAUGAGAGACAGCAGUACCGGCCGGUCGCGAGGAUUUGGUUUUUUGACUUUCAAGGACGCCAAGACAGUCAACAUCGUCAUGGUCAAGGAGCAUUUCCUUGAUGGCAAGAUCAUCGACCCCAAACGUGCCAUUCCCCGAGACGAACAAGAGAAGACGAGUAAGAUCUUUGUCGGAGGUGUCAGCCAGGAAACCACCGAUCAAGAAUUCAAGGAAUACUUUGCACAGUUCGGCCGCGUCGUAGAUGCAACUCUUAUGAUGGACAAAGAUACCGGUCGUCCACGAGGAUUCGGGUUUGUGACGUUUGAAAAUGAAGCCGGCGUCGAUGCCUGUAUCAACGUACCACUAGAAAUUCACGGAAAACCCAUCGAGGUCAAGAAAGCCCAGCCUAGAGGCAACCUUCGAGAAGAGGAAGAGGCAUCACGACGCGGCAAGUUUAGGAAAGACGGCGACCAGUCAAGCCAGGGCUCCAUGGGCCAACAGAUGGGCAACAACGGCAUGACACCCCAAGUCAUGGCCCAAUACUUUCAACGCAUGCAACAGUAUUUCGCUAUGAUGCAGUCACAAAUGGCCAUGAGCCGAGGAAUGCCCAUGAACCCAGCCAUGUGGCAGAACAUGAUGCAGAUGCAACAGAUGCAACAACAGAUGAUGGGUCGAGGAGGCGGUGGUGCUAAUGCUCAGAACAUGAUGCAGAACAUGAACCCACAGAUGAUGCAGCAGAUGCAACAAAUGCAGCAACAGAUGAUGCAACAGCAGGGCCAGCAAGGUGGUCAAGACGCUGCUUCCGGCAGUGCUAGUCCCACUGCCUCUGCCAGCGGCGGUGGUGGUCGGGGAUACGACAAUAACAACUACAAUCAAUACCAACAAGCUCAAGGAGGUCGUCGUGGGGGCCGUGGAGGCUACGGCGGUCAUGGAGGAGGUCAUGGAGGCUAUGGUAUGGGUGGAGGAGGGGGCGCCCCUACUUCAUGGGAGGGCAUGUACGACGACGUUCCUCAGCCAAACUCCCAAGGCUCAGGUGGCUUUAACCGUGCUGGCAGUGCCAGUGCGAACUCUGACCCGCAGCAUGCACCACCCGCCAAUGCGCCUACAGGACCCAAAAACGCCGGUAAACCUGGAGCUAAUUACCGUGGUGGAGGACGGGGUGGAAACCGCGGCUUUCACCCUUACUCACGAUAAAGACUCGUCAUCAGAUUUUGCUCGUAGCAAGGAGGGUUUGGGAGACUAUGAACGCCGUCAGAAUCCCGGCGAGGUGAUGGGAAGGAGAUGAUGGUGUCAGCCAUGUAUAAUAAUGCGGAACGGUUGUUCAUUCCGCUUACGUUUUGUUUUUCCUCUAUUUUCCCAGAAAUUUUGGUUUCAUUUGGCGGCUUUCCAAUGCUUUUGUUCAUCAAGAUGCAGCCAGGUUCGGUUGAUACAAGGGGCCCAAAUAGGGGGGAUGGUCGGUCUUGCGAGAGCAUUGCAAUAAUUAGAAAUCAAAUAAGUCCAAAAUUGGUCUAUCGAGUCAUUAUGCGU